AUGAUUGUUGAUGAAUUAGAGGUGCACAUCAAGUAUAUAUGGUUGCAAGUUGCCCAAUGUGCAUAUGGUUAUAAAACAAACAAUGCGAAACUAGUUUCAAAAGUGCACAAGUUAAGUCGUGAUGUCUUCCCUCUUGGCUUUGUAUUUGGCACUGCUUCAUCGGCUUAUCAAGUUGAGGGAGAGGCACUCAAGGGUGGUCGAGGACCAAGCAUUUGGGAUGCAUUUGUAAAAAAUCCAGGUUUCAUUCCAAAUAAUGCAACGGGUGAUGUAACAGACGAUGAGUAUCAUCAUUAUAAGGAAGAUAUUGACAUCAUGAAGGAGCACAAUUUUGAUGCUUAUAGAUUCUCGAUAUCUUGGAGUAGAAUUUUCCCAAAUGGAACUGGAACCAUUAAUUGGGAAGGUGUUGAUUAUUAUGAUAGGUUAAUUGAUAAUUUAAUACUCAAAGGUAUUAUUCCAUAUGUCAAUCUCUAUCACUACGAUCUUCCAUUAGCACUCCAAAAUGAGUACUUGGGUUGGUUGAGUCCGAAGAUAGUGGAUGCAUUUGCGGAUUAUGCUGAUUUUUGCUUUAAGAGAUACGGUGAUAGAGUGAAAAAUUGGUUCACAUUUAAUGAGCCAAGAGUGGUGGCAGCUCUAGGUUAUGAUACUGGUUCUCAUGCCCCUGGAAGAGCUACUGGUAGCAAAUUUGGAGGAAACUCAUCUACGGAGCCUUAUAUUGUUGCUCAUAAUCUCAUCUUAUCUCAUGCUGCAGCAGUUAAUAGAUAUCGUGAGAAGUACCAAAAAGAGCAACAAGGAAAAAUUGGAAUUCUUCUGGAUUUUGUUUGGUACGAGCCUCACACUUACUCUGACAAUGAUAAAGCUGCUGCUCAAAGAGCUAAUGAUUUUCAUGUGGGAUGGUUCAUUCACCCUCUAACAUAUGGAUACUAUCCUCAAUCCAUUCAAGACAUUGUUAAAGAAAGAUUACCAAAAUUUACUAAUGAUGAAGUGGAGCUAGUCAGAGGUUCAUACGACUAUUUGGGAAUUAAUCAAUACACAACCUAUUAUGUUAAGGAUAAUAGUACAACGAAUCCUAAACCUAUUAGUUAUCAAGAUGAUUGGCUCGUUGAAUUUAAAUAUGAUCGAAAUGGGGUACCAAUUGGACCAAGGGCUCAUUCUGAUUGGCUCUACAUAGUUCCGUGGGGAUUGUAUAAGGCAGUGACAUAUGUUAAGGAAAACUAUGGCAAUCCAAUUAUCUUUCUAUCUAAAAAUGGCAUGGAUCAGCCAGGCAAUGUCACACUUCCAAAAGGCUUACAAGAUACUCAAAGGAGACAUUUUUAUCAUAACUACAUUACUGAACUAAAGAGAGCUAUCGAUGAUGGGGCUUCAGUGAUUGGGUACUUUGUAUGGUCUCUUCUUGAUAACUUUGAAUGGAGACUAGGAUACACAUCAAGAUUUGGUAUUGUCUAUGUUGACUUUAAGAAUAAUAAGCGCUUCACAAAGGAAUCAGCUCGUUGGUUUAAGAAGAUUCUUCAGCGGGUGGAGAACUUUUAUGAUGCUCUGAUUGAUGAAGAACUACGUGUGGAAGAGGACAUACUUCGUGCUAAGGAAGCCGAACUUCUGGCUGCCAUUACUCCCCUACCUUCAAUCGGAGAGCCAGCUCCUUUAGCUGAAGUGCCCAGCUCUUCGGGUGCUCUUGAAACUCUUGUUGCUUCUGAAGGUCCUUCUACGGAAAUUCUUGUUGUUUCCUUACCUGCUGUCACUUCACCCGCGGUUGCUACUGUUUCCUCCUUUGCUACUCUCCCUGUCAUUGAGCUCACUUCUCCUGAUAGCCCCAACAAAUUGAUAACUGAAAUUUCCACGGGCAAGCGUCCAGGACACAAGCUUACUAGGGCUCCUCCUUCAAAAAGGAGGCUCAUCCUUCCUGCUAAUGAGCUAGUUUCAGAAGGUCUUGAUUCGGUGGACCUCCCUUCUGAUAAGCCGACAUUGGCGGAGCUCUACCCUUCUCUUAAUUUUCCUACCUCGCCUUUUUCUAAUGUCAGCGCCUCUGGGGGUUCUUUUACCAGCUCUUGGGAUGAAGUUCGUUCCCUUUUUGAGAAGCUCUCUAUUUCUGAGGCAAUUGAUCGCUUCUCCCAUAAGGAGAAUAAGCGAUGGAUGGAAAAUAUGGGUUUUUCUAGACUGAUGCACAACUUACACACUGAGAACAAGAAAUUGAAAUUUGAGAAUGAUAGGCUAAAGCGAGAGGAUAACUAUGAAGCGGAAUUGACUGAGAAGCUAAAAGCCCUGCAACUGAAGGAAGAUGAAAUAUCUUCCUUGAACACUUCCCUGAACUCAGUCAAGACCGAGGUUUCUGAAAAAGAAGUUGAAUUGAAGACUUCUCAAAUGGCUUUGGUGGUUUACAAGGGUGGCGAAGAUAUCCGUUACAGGGAGCGGGCCACCGCUAUGAUUGAAUCUAAUGAAUUCAACAGACCGAUCGUGAGAUCCAUCCUAUCCACUUUUACUGCAUGA